AUGAAAAAUGUAAUUUUCAAGAAGACAAAGUCAACGUCGGACAAAAUACGCGAAAGUUUGAGCUCGGCUUUGGCACUUUUUGUACCCCAACACAAUUGUCAUAAUCACUUUAAAUAUGCCACGGAAGACGGUGGCAAGUCUUAUAUUGGCAUCUUCAAUGCCUCUAGGCAAGGGAAUUUAAAUUUAAAUUUUGAGGCCACAUUCGAAAUCCACAAAAAGGACCAGUCGGCUUGGUCCGCACUUCUACCGUAUCCCGAUAAAGCAACGGUCGCAUUGAAUAUUAUGAAAGGAAAACCGGCUGAAGUUUAUGUGCGUUUCGUGAAUAUCACCACAGAGCUCCCAAAGCUGAUUUCAUUCAAAUUCAAUGAAAAUUUGAUGUGCAGUAAUACGGGAUAUCAAGGACCCAGGACUAAAGGAACUGUCAAUCCCAGAGUCAGCCAACUUAUACAGAUCAAUCCCAGAAUCAGCAAGGUUAUCAAGAUCAAGCCCUGA